AUGUCCGCUAAUAGUAGUUUCAUUAUCAGCAAUAAAAGUGCUACCCAAACUCCGUGUGUUGAUAUCAACGAAUAUCUUUGGAUGAAUCAUUUCGACUUAACGUCUUUAUUACCAACAAUGAUCUUUUUUUUUGCCAUCUACGGACUUAUUAUCAUAUUUGGUGUUCUUGGUAAUACAUUAGUUAUAUUAUCAGUGAUACGACACAAAUCACUACAGUCAGUUCGUAAUCUGUUUAUUAUCAGCCUAUCAGUGACAGAUAUAAUCAUUUCGAUUGUUUCCGGAACAGUAACACCAAUUACAGCCUUUAGCAAAACAUGGAUUUUUGGUGAAUUGCUUUGUUACUUCAUACCUUUAAUACAAGGUGCAAGUUUAUGCUUUUCGUCAUUAACUCUCACUGCUAUAGCUAUUGAUCGUUAUAUUUUAAUUAUUUUUCCUACAAAAAGACCAAUUCAAAAAAGGCAAGCAAUAAAAAUAAUUGGUCUGGAUUUUGCUUUGGCAACAGCGAUAUCAUUGCCUAUGUUCAUUAAGCAAAGAUUUAUCAAAUACGAGAAUUUCUGUGGCCAAUUUUGCACCGAAGAUUGGAGCUCUGAUAACAUGGGCCGCAGUAUUUAUGGAACGGUUGUAUUCAUUUUUCAAUUCGUUGCACCACUUACUAUAAUUUUCUUUUGCUAUACAAUGAUUUCAUUAAAACUUACUAAAACAACUUUAUUCAAGAAACAAACGUUUUACCGACAACAAGUACUAAAACGACGUUUACGUACGAAUCGUAUGUUAAUUGCAAUGGUUGGUGUGUUUGUUUGCUGUUGGAUGCCAGCUGUUGUCUUUAAUUUCCUUAGAGAUUACCACUGGUUACCAAAUUUCAUCAGUCAGCAAGAAUAUUUGAUUGGUAUUAUAACACAUUGCAUUUCAAUGAGUUCAACGAUAUGGAAUCCAUGCCUGUAUACCUUACUGAAUGAUCAAUUUCGGAUGGCAUUCCUUGAUUUGCUGCACUCAUUCCGGAUCGUGCCGUAG